AAAGUUCAAUGACCAAGUGGUGCAAGAAGCAGUAACAAGAGGAGAACGUUGUCACUGAGGUUUAGUGGUUCAAAACAGUUCAGAGCAGCAGUUCAGGAGCGAAAACCACAAGGAUUAUUUUCUAAAACUGGUUGAGGUUUCCUUAUAUGGAUUACGCGAUGAAGUCGCUCAGCCUUCUGACUCCUUCUGGCCUCUCCAAGUGUGUAACAGCCAGCGUCUCUGCCAGCAGCUCCAUGACCCAGAAGCUCCUGUCGGGUCGAGCUUCUCGGUCGAAGCCCUUCAGAGUCUCAAAUGUGGACCGCAGUGUGAAGAAAGGCAUUAUGGCCGACGCACUGGAGGACCUGCUGAACAAGGCCAGUGACUCGAUGCGCUUACAGUGUGUCAGUGCGUUGGUGCUGGAUGAAGAUGGCACCGAUGUGGACACGGAGGAAUUCUUCCAGACGCUGCCUGAGAACGCUGUGCUCAUGGUGCUGGAGAAGGGACAGAAGUGGACGCCUCAUCCUAACAGCCCCCCCAGAGAUCAGCACAGUGAAGGCAAGCAGAAGCACCGGACAGAUGUGGCCAAGCUGACUUUCGACCUCUACAAGAACAACCCCAAAGAUUUCAUUGGCUGCCUGAAUGUGAAAGCGACCCUGUAUGGUGCUUACACCGUGUCCUAUGACCUGCGCUGCUACGCUGCCAAAAGUGUGCUCAAGGAGGUUCUGCGAUGGACCACCUUCUCCAUGCAGGCCACAGGCCACAUCCUGCUGGGCUCCUCCUGCUACAUCGAACAGCUGCUGGAGGAGGAGGAGCGAGCGGAGAAGAUCCUGGCGCUGCCUCAGGAAAGCAGGAUGAGGCAGCUGCAGAGCAUGCUGCUGGGAAAGAUCUCCCACUGAUGGACUGAGUGGUGGAAUGGACGUGAUGUUCACUCUUAGAUUAAGGUCACAGAUGAGACAUGGGGGUCUGUUCAUGUCACAUUUUCCAGUGUAGUUGGGCAACAUGGAGUUUCUCUCAGUCACUUUUCUUUUGCUCUGUUACAUUUUUUUUCCCCUCAUAUGGACAUAGAAGCCACAAGGUAUUCCUUAGAAAACACUUUUACUCAUUUCUGUGUUCAGAAUAAAUAAAGAUGACACUUUUUAUUUUCCACUUUCUGUAAAAAUCCAUUGGGGUCUGCAUACAGUAGAUCUCAGUAAGUUAAGAUGUUGCAGUGUGAGCCCAUUAAGCUGGCUCUGUCUGAGUGUGUGUGUGUGUGUGUGGUUCCUGAUCACAGUUGGUGUAAUUGGCAACAGAUCCAGCUGUCUCUCCCACGCUUCCCUAAUUGUCCCCUGGUCUGCACUGUCCUGUCAGCUGCAGCCGGCCUCUGAAAACCAGAGGAAAAGACUGUAGAAAGGGUGAAGAGCGAGCAGCUGCAAUGGGUGAAGGGACGGAAGCAAACCAUUAUGUAGAGAUAUAAGCAAGAGAGACGAUGGUCUGAGCUUUCGGCAGAAGUGGCGUUUUUGCCAUCAUAUUGAGGAAGGUGGUAAUGAAAGCAGGACACAUUUUAACCAAAUUAGCUGUCUGAUUGAUCCUGAAAAAGAUUAAUGUCAGAAGUACAGAUUCUGUAGGUCCAAUGUUGCUGUGGUCUGUUUUCUUGCCUUGUUUUGCUUUUCUGUCGACAUGAAAUUUGAGUGGAAAAGAAAACCAGUCUGGUCGUUUCUGUUUUAAUAAACACUCCACAUACCAGC